UCAAAGAUAUCAACAAAAAAUUACGCAUUUAUAUACAGCAAAAGAUGUAACUAAGAAGAGACACUUGGAAAAUUUACAUGACAAAGACAUCAACUUUGGCUAUUUGGACUUCACCAUCUGAACCUAAAUAAAAAGACACAAUAACACAAGCAGAGUUUAAAAAGCGUUGAUUUGAGACACCAUACAGCUUUAGACAAUCGGUUAUUUACGAUGUUUGUUUUCAUAAAUCAUUUUUCAUUGGAUAGCUCCUCUUUCAGUUUCAGCUGCCCCUCUCUCUUUUCCAGUAUAAAUUACCACUUUCUGCAUUCUUUACUUCCUCUUCUUUUUUUUUGUGACACAGCCUUAUAAAAAAUGACCGUCAAGCCCAUCUUCUUCUUUGACUGCGAUAACUGUUUAUACAGUAAAAACUUAAACGUCAAUGCUUUAAUGAAAAAAAAGAUCCAAGAGUACUUUAUCAAUAUUGUAGGUGUCUCAGAAGACGAAGUGGUCCAAAUCCAAUCAAAAUAUUACAAGGAAUAUGGGCUUUCUUUAAGAGGACUCUCCAAGCAUCAUAACGUAGACCCACUUCAUUUCGAUGAACAUGUUGAUCAGGCACUUCCUUUAGACGGCCUCAUCACCCGGGAUGAUGCUCUACAACACAUGCUUAGCACUCUUAACUGCAAAAAAUGGGUCUUUACCAACGCAUAUCGACCUCACGCACUUCGAUGCUUAACAUUGUUGGGGAUUGAAAAUGAGUUUGAUGGAUUGACCUAUACGAAUUACUUGGUGCCUGAUUUCAAUUGCAAACCAGAACCCGCUUCAUAUCUAAGAGCAAUGCAAGAUGCCGGAGUGACAGAUUCAAAUUUGAUCUAUUUCGUGGAUGACUCAGCCAUCAAUAUCGAUGCAGCACAAAAAUUAGGAUGGAUUACGGUCCAUGUAGCUGAUGAUGCAUCCAAGUCUAACCACGGUGAUUAUCAAAUCGAUGAUAUCCAUGACCUACCCAAGGUUUUACCAGAACUUUGGGAUACCAUACAUCAUGAAAUGAAGCCAAAGAAACUUUCAGUGGCAAUCACAACCGCAGCAUAAUAAUAAACUUUAUUGUUCAUACAUUACAAAUCAAA